CCAGAGCGGGCUCCCAAGGCAGGGACUCCCAGGUCUGAGGGAGAAGGAGCUGGGUCCCUGCACCUCAAUCUUGAGGAACUAGGUGCUGAAGAUCCCGUGGAGAAGGAAGAGGGCUUCAGGCUUGGCAGAGACUGUAGGAGAGUCUUACACCUGGGCUCUUAGAUACUGUCGUGUCUGCUGCGGGGGACACCGGCUUCACCCGGGCUCUUAGACAUUGUCGUGUCUGCUGCGGGGGACACCGGCUUCACCCGGGCUCUUAGACAUUGUCGUGUCUGCUGCGGGGUACACCGGCUUCACCCGGGCUCUUAGAUACUGUCAUGUCUGUUGCGGGGGACACUGGCUUCAGGCGACACACAGCUGUGCUCACAGACAGGAAGCAGCCACUCCUCCCUCAAACCGAGUCCAGGCCCCCAGCCCUUCCUCCCUCAGACCCAGGAGUCCAGGCCCCCAGCCCCUCCUCCCUCAGACUCAGGAGUCCAGGCCCCCAGCCCCUCCUCCCUCAGACUCAGGGGUCCAGACCCCAGCCCCUCCUCCCUCAGACUCAGGAGUCCAGGCCCCCAGUCCCUCCUCCUUCAGGCCCAGGGGUCCAGAUCCCCAGCCCUUCCUCCCUCAGACCCAGGGGUCCAGGCCCCCAGUCCCUCCUCCUUCAGGCCCAGGAGUCCAGACCCCCAGACCCACCUCCCUCAGACCCAGGAGUCCAGACCCCAGCCCCUCCUCCCUCAGACCCAGGAGUCCAGGCCCCCAGUCCCUCCUCCUUCAGGCCCAGGAGUCCAGGCCCCCAGUCCCUCCUCCCUCAGACCCAGGAGUCCAGACCCCAGCCCCUCCUCCCUCAGACUCAGGAGUCCAGACCCCAGCCCCUCCUCCCUCAGACUCAGGAGUCCAGACCCCCAGCCCCUCCUCCCUCAGACCCAGGAGUCCAGGCCCCCAGCCCCUCCUCCCUCAGACUCAGGAGUCCAGACCCCAGCCCCUCCUCCCUCAGACUCAGGAGUCCAGACCCCAGCCCCUCCUCCCUCAGACCCAGGCCCCCAGGCCCUCCACCCUCAGGCCAAGGUUCCUGAUCCCCAACCUUGGUUUUUUUCUCUCUUCCCAGUCUGUUCAUUGCUCUCUGCCCUUGGUUUUCCAAGGACAUAUAUUUCGGGAAAUGAAAUCAUUAAUUUUAUCUCUCAGCCUUAUCGGGUGGAGCCAACCCCAUCUCCCUAAGCUCCACUCCUGCCAUGCUCCCCCUUCUCUCCUCGACCCAGGAAAGACGGUUGGGGUGACCUUCCUGACAGCCCAGCCUAACGCUGGCCCCUCCUUCCCAUGCAAGGGUGACUCAUGGGGCGGGGACCAGCCGCUCCUCCUAGCCCCGCGGCCUCACUGGGCAGAGGAGUGGUUGAGAGGCUGACUCUGUUUUCUCUGGGUUCCCUCCAGGGCCUGUGCAGCUGGACAGGGGCCAGGGCGCCCGACCCUCCUUCCCAAUUCUCAGCCCCCAACCCAGGGAGGAACCUGACAGUGGAGACUCAGACCACCAGCUCCAUCUCCCUGAGCUGGAAGGCCCCUGAUGGCACAGACUCACAGAACUCCAACUAUUCGGUUCAGUGCACUGGAGAUGGUGGCAGAUCAGAGACUCGAACCACAAGAUACACCGUCAUUGUGUAUGGACUUGGACCCGGGUCAUUGUAUACGUGUUCUGUGUCGGUGGAGAAAGACGGAGUAAAUAGCUCUGUGGGGACUGUCACUGGUGCCACAGCUCCCAACCCAGUGAGGAACCUGAGAGUGGAGGCUCAGACCAACAGCUCCAUCACCCUGACCUGGGAGGCCGAUGGCCCAGACCCACAGAACUCCACCUACUGGGUUGAGUACACUGGAGAUGGUGGCACAGCAGGGACUCGAAGCACAGCAAACACCAACAUCACCGUGGAUGGACUUGAACCCGGGUGUUUGUAUGCGUUUUCCGUGUGGGUGGGGAAGAAUGGAAUCAACAGCUCCCGGGAGACUCGAAAUGCCACCAUAGCCGCCUACCCAGUGAGGAACCUGACAGUGGAGGCUCAGACCACCAGCUCCAUCUCCCUGAGCUGGGAGGUCCCCGAUGGCACAGACUCACAGAACUCCACCUAUUGCGUUCAGUGCACUGGAGAUGGUGGCAGAACAGAGACUCGAAACACAACAGACACCAGAGUCACCGUGGAUGGACUUGGACCCGGGUCAUUGUAUACGUGUUCUGUGUGGGUGGAGAAAGACGGAGUAAAUAGCUCUGUGGAGAUUGUCACUAGUGCCACAGCUCCCAACCCAGUGAGAAACCUGACAGUGGAGGCUCAGACCAACAGCUCCAUCACCCUGACCUGGGAGGCCGAUGGCCCAGACCCACAGAACUCCACCUACUGGGUUGAGUACACUGGAGAUGGUGGCACAGCAGGGACUCGAAGCACAGCAAACACCAACAUCACCGUGGAUAGACUUGAACCCGGGUGUUUGUAUGCGUUUUCCGUGUGGGUGGGGAAGAAUGGAAUCAACAGCUCCCGGGAGACUCGAAAUGCCACCACAGCCCCCAACCCAGUGAGAAACCUCCAUAUGGAGACUCAGACCAACAGCUCCAUCGCCCUGAGCUGGGAAGUCCCUAGUGGCCCAGACCCUCAGGACUACACCUACUGGGUAGAGUACACUGGAGACGGUGGUGGCACAGAGACCCGAAACACAACAAAUAUCAGUGUGACAGCUGAGGGACUUGAGCCCGGAACCUUGUACACAUUCUCUGUAUGGGCAGAAAAAAAUGGAGCACGUGGCUCCAGGCAGAAUGUCAGCAUCUCCACAGUCCCCAACGCAGUGACAAGCCUCAGCAAGCAGGACUGGACCAACAGCACCAUUGCUUUGCGCUGGACAGCUCCCGAGGGCCCAGGCCAGUCUUCCUACAGCUACUGGGUCUCAUGGGUCAGGGAAGGCAUGACUGACCCCAGGACCCAAAGCACCUCAGGUACUGACAUCACCCUAAAGGAACUGGAAGCUGGCAGCCUGUACCACCUCACCGUCUGGGCCGAGAGGAAUGAGGUCAGAGGCUAUAACAGCACCCUCACUGCAGCCACCGCUCCCAAUGAGGUCACAGAUCUCCAGAAUGAAACUCAGACUAAGAACUCAGUCAUGCUGUGGUGGAAGGCCCCUGGAGACCCCCACUCUCAGUUGUACGUAUACUGGGUCCAGUGGGCCAGCAAGGGACAUCCCCAGAGGGGGCAAGAUCCCCAAGCGAAUUGGGUCAACCAGACCAGCAGGACCAAUGAGACGUGGUACAAGGUGGAGGCCCUGGAACCCGGGACGCUGUACAAUUUCACCGUGUGGGCAGAGAGGAAUGACGUAGCCAGUUCCACGCAGAGCCUCUGUGCGUCCACAUACCCAGACGCAGUCACCAUCACUUCCUGUGUCAGCACCUCAGCGGGCUAUGGAGUCAACUUGAUCUGGUCCUGCCCCCAGGGAGGCUACGAGGCCUUUGAGUUGGAGGUGGGAGGACAGCGGGGCUCCCAGGACAGAUCUUCAUGUGGGGAGGCUGUGUCUGUGUUGGGUCUCGGGCCGGCUCGGUCCUACCCAGCCACCAUCACGACCAUCUGGGACGGAAUGAAGGUCGUGUCUCACUCUGUGGUCUGCCACACCGAGAGUGCAGGGGUCAUUGCCGGAGCCUUUGUGGGCAUCCUCCUGUUUCUCAUCCUCGUGGGCCUGCUGAUUUUCUUCCUGAAGAGGAGGAAUAAUAAGAAGCAGCAGAAACCAGAACUCAGGAAUCUGGUCUUCAGCUCCCCAGGGGACAUCCCGGCUGAAGACUUCGCUGACCACGUCAGGAAGAAUGAGAGGGACAGCAACUGUGGUUUUGCAGACGAGUACCAGCAACUCUCCCUGGUGGGCCACAGCCAGUCUCAGAUGGUGGCUUCGGCUUCAGAGAACAACGCCAAGAACCGCUACAGAAAUGUGCUGCCCUAUGACUGGUCCCGGGUGCCCCUGAAGCCCAUCCACGAGGAGCCAGGCUCUGACUACAUCAAUGCCAGCUUCAUGCCCGGUCUCUGGAGCCCCCAGGAGUUCAUUGCAACCCAGGGUCCCCUGCCACAGACGGUGGGUGACUUCUGGCGCCUGGUGUGGGAACAGCAGAGCCACACCCUGGUCAUGCUGACCAACUGCAUGGAGGCCGGCCGGGUGAAGUGUGAGCAUUACUGGCCUCUGGACUCGCAGCCCUGCACCCAUGGGCACCUGCGGGUAACCCUGGUAGGUGAGGAAGUGAUGGAGAACUGGACGGUGCGGGAACUGCAGCUCCUCCAGGUGGAGGAGCAGAAGACACUGUCUGUGCGCCAAUUCCACUACCAGGCCUGGCCGGAUCACGGCGUUCCCUCCUCCCCAGACACCUUGCUGGCUUUCUGGAGGAUGCUUCGGCAGUGGCUGGAUCAGACCAUGGAGGGAGGCCCACCCAUUGUGCACUGCAGUGCUGGCGUGGGUCGCACAGGAACCCUCAUUGCCCUGGACGUCCUGCUCCGGCAGCUGCAGUCCGAGGGUCUCCUUGGGCCCUUCAGCUUUGUAAGGAAGAUGAGAGAGAGUCGGCCGUUGAUGGUGCAGACUGAGGCUCAGUACGUAUUCCUGCAUCAGUGCAUCCUGCGGUUCCUCCAACAGUCAGCCCAGGCCCCAGCCAAGAAGGAAGUCCCGUAUGAGGAUGUCGAAAACCUCAUCUACGAGAACGUGGCCGCCAUCCAGGCCCACAAGUUGGAGGUCUAAGUGACGAGGGGGCUGGGUCGGCAGCCCAGGCAUCCUCAAGCUCUGGGCACCCACUUGAGCCCAGAUUCCUGGAAGAGCAGAGGGCUGGGCUCCCAGACUCCUGGGUGCUGUGGGAGGAGGGGGCUGGGAUCCCAAACUCUGGUUUCCCCAGGAGAGAGUGGUCUGGUGGGCUUCAGAUGAGUCCUAUGGGAGCUGGGGAUCUGGAUUCCUGGUUCCCUGAAGGAGGAGAGGGAUGGUAGCUUGGGUUCCCUGGGUCUUUCCAGGAUCCAGAAAGAAACAGGCUGGGGCCUGGAUUCUGAGGCAGGAAGGAAUUUGGGUCUGGAGUUCUGGCUACUUGAGGACCAAAGGCAGGAAGGAUCCUGCCUUGAUUUUACUUCAGAAACCAAAUCAGUCUUCUAUAAUCUGGGGUCGGAGGGAGUCCCUGUGCCCAAGGUCUCUCUGCACCCCACCAUCCACAUGUAUUUUUUCUUCUAUCCCAUAAUUUAUUAAAUCACUGUUCUCCCCAGAGACAGUUGUCCCAUG